AUGCCUUUGCCGGCGGCUUCUGUUUUUUUUUCUCGAGCUGCUGCUGGUCCGUCGGAGCGGCUGUCUUUGCCGGAAAAUAGAAUGGCGGAGCGAGCUCCUAUCUCGCUAGUUGCUGGCUGCUCGCCUGCGCUGUUGCUGCCACUUUCGUCCCUGCCAAAAAAGAAAAGAACGAGGGAGAUAGGAAGAGGAACGGAGAAUAAGAGGGGGAGAGGAAAAGAUGAAGGAAGAGAGGAGCAAGAAGGAGAGAAGAGACGGGAGAGGGGAGGCGGCUUUUGGGGCUGCUGGUCGCAGUUGCCUGGCAGCUCGCCGGUCACUGUUGUGCGGCUGGCGGGAGGCGCUGGAGAGAGUGGUGGAGGCGGAGGAGAAGAGAAGGGAGAAAGAAGGGAAGAAGAGGGAAAGGGAAAGAAGGGAGGAGAGACGGGCGGUGUUGGGCGGAGAAGGGAGAGAGGGAUGGUUGGAGAGGAAGAGGGGGAAGACGAGAAGGGAGAGAGGAGAGAGGGGCGGCUGGAGGCUUUCAAGAAGAGUUGA